CGGGGUCGGAGGGGAUGCGGCUGCGGGCGGGGGUGCGGGAGCGGGUGGCGGCGGUGCACGGCGGUGCGGCGCUGCCCGAGCGCCUGCGGCUGUACGACGGCUGGGCUGCCCGCUACGAGCAGGUACCGGGCCGGGGGGGCCGGGGCCGUUCCGCUCCGCUCCGCUCCCCGGCGCCGCUGACCGCCGUGUCCCCGCAGGAUGUGGCGGCGCUGGAGUACCGGGCACCGCACCUGGCCGCCGCUUCGCUCGCCUUCGCCUUCCCCGGGCCGCCCGCCGGGGCGAGGCUGCUCGACGUGGCCUGUGGCACCGGGCUCGUAGCGCGGGAGCUUCACCGCCGCGGCUUCCGCCUGCUGCACGGCGUGGAUGGCAGCGCCGGGAUGCUGGAGCGGGCGCGGAGCACCGGCCUCUACCGGCAGCUGCAGCGGUGCGUCCUGGGCCGGGAGCCCCUGCCCGCGCCCGCAGAGCACUACGACGCCGUGACGGUGGUGGGGGCGCUGGGUGAGGGGCAGGUGCCGAUCGCUGCCGUGCCCGAGCUGCUCCGUGUCACCCGGCCAGGAGGUUUCCUCUGCCUGACGACAAGGAGCAACCCCUCCAACCUGCGGUACAAGGCGGAGCUGGAGGCAGCGCUGGAGAGGCUGGAGAGGCAGGGAGCCUGGCAGAAGGUCCUGGCCCAGGAGGUGGAGCGCUGGGAGAGGGCCACCUCCGAGGAGGAGAGCACCCAGGGCACCGGCUACAUCUCCGGGGUGGUCUACAUCUAUCAGAAAUGCCCCGUGCCCCCCCUGGAGCAGGGCUGAGAGAUGAUGUGGCACUGGGGGGGGGGAAGGGUUGAGCACUUGGCCCCUGGUAAAGCCCAGCCCAGCGACCCCCUCCCAGAGCAGGGCAGCUGCUGGGGGGUGACAAGGUUUGUGGGGAGCAAUCAGAGCCAAAACAUCCCCAGUCCCUUCCCUGGCUCCUUCCCCCCCCCCCAAGAUCUGGGCCCUGGGGACAUUGUCUGCUCAUCAGUGUGGGGAGGGUCUCCCAGUUUCACCAGGGUCUCCUGGGCACUACCAUUAGCUGUGACAUUCUGGGACCAUGCCCAACACUUCGGUCCUCGCCUUGGCAUCUCACAGACCCACCUGGCUCUUCACAGCCAUCUCCUGUCCGGGAUGUCUUCUCCCCACCAUACCCACCUCCCAGCCCUCAGUCAAAAUCUGGAUCCUGCAUCUUCCUCAUCCCAUGGUCUUUACCUGCUUCCAUUGGAGGUGGGUCCCCAUUGCCAUGUCCUGUGUUUCCCUCGUCGUCCUCCCCAGGAGCCCUCCCACAUGGCCAUGGUCAAAAUCUAGAUCCAGCUUCAUCUUCCCCACCCCAGAGCCUCAUGGUCUUUACCUGGGGACCACUGGAGGUGGGUCCCCAUCACCAUGUCCCGCAGUCUGCCAUCCUCAUCCUCCCCAGGAGCUAACCCAGUGCACCCUGAGGUGCAGGACACCUCCAUGUCCCAACCGGGAGCAGCUGUGCCCAGGUGACACCCAGAGAGAAGCUUUCUGAGCACUACAUCGGCCUUUCAUCCCACAACAGCUGCCUAAGUCUCUCAUUGUCCUACAGCUUUGCAGUUAAUGGUCUGGCUGGGAAAUGAGGCUGGAAGAGUCUUGAGGAGCCGCCUGGCAUUGCCUGCCCAGCCUGUUCCCCAAGCCCCUCGCCGUGCUGCCUCCACUUUUCCUCCUCCGCUGCUCCCUUGGGAAAUUUUUUACCCAAAUCUCUUGCUGGACUAUUUCCCUUUUCUCUCCCCACAGACCUGUUCCCACUUGUCCCGUUCCCACUGCCCUGGGGAGCAGGUUACUUCCUUCCCCUCGGGAGCCCUUCCCAGCUGGCUAUCCCACUUCGCCCACACUCGCCCUCCCUGUGGCUCUUGUCACUCUUCCGCGUUGCCCCCCAGGUCUUGGGGUCCCUGUUCCCAUCGUGGGGAGCUGCCCUGCUCCCCUCUCACCUGUUUGUCCCCAGCACUGUCCCCUGGGCAGUUGGGGGUCGUGGCUGUCCCUGUCCCUGCACUUGGCUGUUGAAUAAACCCCGCUGCCUGCA